AUGUCGGCAAUAGCGACUAUCACAGACAUCGAAACAGCCAUGCCUGCUCACGAACUCCCAGUGAAUGGCUCAGCGUCAGAAAAGCCAAAUAUCUCUGAGACUGAGGCGACAGGCAUCAAUGACAUCUCUCCCCAAGACACGAUUGAGGAGACCGAGCCUCCUCGGAAGCCAUCGAAAAUACGUUACACGGCGUCCUGUUACAAUCACAACGGUCAGAACUUUGACUACUCCCAGGAUGAGCCAUUUCCAUCCCAAGUUCCUCCACACGAUGAGAAAGCUAAGCCUGUAAUUGAGGUCGUCACCAACAUGAAUGUUGGGCUCAAGGGUGACAUAAAGCAACCCAUCGAAAGGAAUCACGAAAACGGUAUAAUCAAGAAAGAAACAAUGAGCGACAAGGCCAUAAGGGGGAUUGGAAGUUCACGCAUCAUCGUUCAUUCCCCGUACUUGUCCGAGCUGAUCCGCGACGCCGUCGACUAUUAUCCUGGGCAAAAUCUGACUGGAGAGACCAUCACAAUCCACGAACCUUGCGGAGUUCUGCUGCAUAACUGGGAGAAAUUGGGCCAGAUCUAUGCUUCUCGGGAGGAUUCCCCGGAAUUGGUCACGGAUGGUCAACAGACUAAACUUGAACACUUGGGCGUGUUGCUUGAAUAUUUGAAUCCAAUCGUCAAGAGCAAGCUCGAACCCAUGCAGAGACGGCUGGGACAGGACUCGCCAACAACUACUUGGGAUGACCUCUGGUAUCUACUACGACCUGGUACGCAAAGCUAUUGCAAGUGGGACCACCAGUGGAUAGGUUGUAUCGUCGAAGACGCCAAAAAAUGCGCCCCGGACGCAGAAGACAAUCUCCCAGAACGAUGGAAGGUGAAGAUUUGGUUCCUCGCGAUGCAUUGGUCUUACGGAACACUGGUCACUGUGACCAAUACCAUCGACAUCUCUAAGUUUGAAGGCGAGAAAAAGGUCGAACAUCUGGAUGUUUUUCCAGAGAAGUACUCCAAGGGCGAGCGGAAGAAGGAAUUCGAGAGUCGUGGUGAUCAGAUCUGUGACAUGCUCUGGAGGGGGUAUCAAUAUGCCCAUUACGAUGGCGAGCUGAUGAGCAAGAAGAGGAAAAAGUACAAGGGGAAGAUCAUUCUCAAUGCCUAUGGUGAUCAAAAUUACCCAACUUUUGAUGAAGACGAGUGGAGUUUCGAUUUGGUCUCGGAACCUGCACCUGACCAGGCAAGGCCAACUAACGGUCCUUCGGGUGUACUGCAGCCCCUAUGGCUUGAUCCCACGAAAGACUCGAGAGAUCCAGUGACAGCGGCUCACAAAUUUAUCACUUGCCCAGUUGUACCUGGCUUCACUCUUCCAGCGAAGACCUGGGUCUCGGCACAUGUGGGAAGCAUACAAGACCUGGUACAGGAGGAAGUACCUGAAGCGAUCGUUAGUGGAGAGAAGCUGAAAAUUAUCAAGGCUCUAGCCGAACGCCAAUUGACUGCGAAGCCCUGGUCAGCAGACUACAUCAAGAACAAGGGUGAAGGAGUCGUCAUCCUUCUUCACGGGCCUCCUGGCGUGGGAAAAACUUACACAGUCGAAUCGAUUGCUAUGCGGAAGAGGCAGCCAUUGAUCAGCCUCACGAUAUCUGAUUUACGCACCCAAGAUGCGUCCGUAGAAGAGGAACUGACUAGGUGGUUCAAGAUGGCCGACAAAUGGCGCGCCAUUCUUCUCAUAGACGAGUGUGACGUCUUCCUCGAGCGGCGCGAGAAGAAGGACAUUGAGCGCAACGCAAUCGUAUCGGCCUUCUUACGAAAGAUAGAGUACUUUGGAGGUCUUCUGUUUCUCACAACCAACAGAGUCGGCCACAUUGAUGACGCCUUCAUGUCUCGUGUCCACGCUGUUAUUGGUUUCGAUCCGCUGGAUGGUGCACGUCGUGAAAAGAUUUGGGAUAGUCUUCUUGCGAAGCUCAACCGCGAGCGAAAGGGGGCAAUUCGCAUCAGCAAUGGUGCUAAGAAAUUUUUGAAGACACCCGAGGUGCUUGAGUACACGGAUUGGAACGGUCGUGAGAUUCGCAACGCCUUUCAAACAGCCAUCGCGCUUGCCGAGUAUGAGGCUAAAGAUGCCUCGGACUACGACCAGACGCAGGAGAUCAUUGUGGAGGCCGAACACUUCAAAGAAGUGAUGGCAAUGAAUAAAUCCUUCCGAUCCUAUAUGGACAGCAUCAAGCUCUCCACUGAGGGGGAACGGGCGUAUUCAGCUGCGAAAUUAGACCAAACUUGCGAUCCGCGAUCACGACAGGUUCAAAUACUUUCAUUGGUUAUAUCUCAUUACAGCUCGAAUAACUUUGGACUCGCCAUAAUUACAAAUUCUGGCUUUCUCUGCAAUUUUACAGGUUCCAAUUGCGGCCUUUGGCAUAUGGAAGCGCUGUCUGUCACUGCUCUUCCCGGAUUGGCAGGCAUUGACAUCAAUUUGGUUGCUGAAGUGGGCAAUCUAGGCGGCAAAGAUCUUAGCCGCCCGAGAUCGGACACUCACAACACUUCAAACAUGGCCGAGUACCUCUCUGCCCAAGACACUGCAAUGAGACUCUUAGAGAAGUUUGGUUGCAGGGCAGCAUGGCAGCUAUCGCUGUAUUACAUACCUCCAUUGACGCAUUUCCCUAUUACUCUGUAUUUUGAAUACUGUGAAACGCUGCGAGGAAUCUACCUAAUUGAUCAAAGUGGUUUCUAUGGCUGUCUCCAUCGAAUCAAUUAUUCAAUGUUCCUGCGGGCCUGUUAUCAGGGCAAAGACGAUGAUGGCCUAUCACCAACGACCUCGCGACGAACGAAAAGGAACAAGGCCGACGCUACAGAAGAAUCCGACGAAGGGAAAACAGCACGAGGAAAAGUCAGAUUACGCGUUACCCGAGCCUGCAACGAAUGCCGAAGGCGUAAAGACCGAUGCGAUGGGAUCCGCCCCUCAUGCAAUUCCUGCCUGAGCAUCGGACGUAGCUGUAGCUACGGGCCUGCGAAGAAACGUGGGCUGCGCACUGGAUACGUAAGAGCUCUUGAGCUACUUCUUGGCAUGAUAGUCAUCACUAUCGACGACGCUGAUGACUGGCUGGCUGCGAUACUCGAUGGUGAAGAACGACGACCGAAGUUCGGGUUACAAGAUUUGAGUCUGCUGAUUUCCUCCAAAACGGAUGUCACUGAUACACUGGCGGAGUCUUGGAGGACAAGCACCACUUCGAAGACAGUGGAGAGACUUCUCUCUGUCGAUGAACCUGCAGAAAGCCUCGAAGAUGGCGAAGCCUUCAAGAAGUUCGAGUCAGGCAUCAGGGAGGCCACCAAACUCGCAGCCAAGUUCUCGGCAGACCAGAUCCCUAACGUUGACAACGGACCAGACAUGGUAACUCCCGCAUAUACCAACGCCAGCCAACCCGACUACUCACCGACUGGAACAAUCACUCUAUCGAAACAGGAUAUCGAUUCGACUCUCUCACUCUAUUCGCAUCAGCCGACUUUCCCUCAAAAUGCCUCGGUCAUGCCACAGGUCCCAACACCACAACGCCACUCCUCCCCGCCACAGAUCCCUCCAAAUUGGGCACAGCUACUGGACGUGUACUUCGCCAACACACAUUCAUGGCUACCCGUGGUGCAGAAGCACGAUCUUAUGCGAUUGGUCUACCUCAAAGCCAAUAACGAUGAGGAUGCCAACACAUCAAAUGCUAUAAUACAUAGCGGGGAUCCCUGCUUUCUCUGGACAGUCAUGGCCUAUUCCCUGCGCCAGUCGGGAUCUUUGGAGCUUUCAAAGGCCUUCCUCGAGUCAGCGACAGAUAUUCUAGCCAAAGACAAUGGAAAGUAUGAGAUCGGUCACAUACGAGCCAUACUCAUUGUGGCACUUAUUCGACUGGAAGAGCAAGACAUUGGAGCCGCGUGGCUCGCAAUCGGCCAAGCCACAUACUCAGCUACCAUGUCGUUUCUCACUGUCAUUAGCGAUGGGCCCUUGCAGAAAGACGAGGGCACACGGCGAACACUUAUGUGCGUCUUUGUCCUUGACACGCUCAUCGCAAGCUUGGCAAAGUCACGGCCAUAUCUCGACUCCUCGGACGCACAGCGCUUUGGCUUGCUUGUCACAGAGUCCAUGGAAGAAUGGGAGCCAUGGCAUUCAAAAGAUUUGGAUGACCAGGCGCAGCCGCCGAGCCACACUCCAGGACUGACAUUGAGCACGUUCAAUUCCUUCUUUCUUCUUGUUUCCAUUCUAAAUGAUAUUGUGAGACUCGAGAUGAGAAGAGACAAUAUUGGCCGUUAUUAUCAUAUCAUCAGGGACUUUGAAGAAUGGAGGAAGCGUCGUCUGCCGGACUAUGGAAAUCAGCAUGAUGUCGCAAACACGCCACAGGAUACGAAUCUUCGUCUCGCUUGUGCCAGUAUUUCCGAGACUCUUACGACACAAGGGCAACGCCUUGAGGGUACACCAUAUGGAGUGCCCAGCAAGGGAUCCCCGGAAAUGCUUGUUCAAGAGCAAUCUCUUCUUCAACUUCUCGACACAACCAAGACAUUUCGCAUGCCUCCGACAUCGAUAGCCUUUCUCAAUAGCCUCGAAGCCGCUUAUGAAUACCGAAUGAAUAGCACACAGGGGCUCGGAGGAUCUCUUGGGGAUUUGCAAUCCUUAAAGACGGCCCUUGCUGAUGCCCAAAAGAGAAUCUCCCGGAGACACAGCCCUCCUACAACUUCUCGCAGUGAAAUCGCCGAAAGCGAGCCAGCGGUAAUGGAAGCCAUAGCAGAAUCCACAUCUGCUCAUCAAUCGGACCUGCGGCAGUUUCAACCAGAAGCGCAAGUGAGCUUCAGUGAACUUAUGGACACUGCGACGGAGAACAUUGGCGGUGAACUCUUCAUGAGCCUCGCUGAUCUCGACUCAGCUGAUUGGUCGGCAAAUCCACCAGAGUUCAUGCAGCAUCUCGGAGUUGUAGGCGACAUGGCGACGGAUAUCCAGUCAUUCUUUGACCAAGAGCCCGGUUUCGAACACAUAUGGUCUUGCUACGGGGCUUGUUCGCCACGACGAUACCCAAUCUCUCGUCUCAAAGCACAGCCGUCACCGUCGCCACGUCCAACCAUGACUGCUUUCCGACCCGCCAUACUCUCUGCGUCUCUCGGCCGCGCCUGGAUCCACGAUUUUGACAAGAAGGCCACUGAGGCAGCAAAGUAUGGUUUCGAAGGCAUCGAGAUAUUCUACGAGGACCUCGAAUAUGUUGCCAAAAAGCUCCAUGACAUCGAUCAGCCUACCCCGGAGCACCUCCUUUCCGCCGCAGAGCAUAUCUGUAAGGUACUCGAAGAGCUGAAGAUCACAAUCAUCGGUCUACAGCCAUUCCUUUUCUACGAAGGUCUUUUGGAUAGAGAUCAACAUGCCCGACUCAUCGAGAAGAUUAAGCUGUGGUUCAAGUUGGCCAAGACCCUGGGGACCAACACGAUCCAGAUACCCGCCAACUUCCUCCCCGCCGACCAGCUAACUGGUGACAUGGAUGUCAUCGUUGCCGAUUUAGUCGAACUCGCAGAUCUGGGUCUCAAGCAAGACCCGCCCAUCCGGUUUGCGUACGAGAGUUUAUGCUGGAGCACGCAUGUCGACACAUGGGAGAAGUCCUGGGAGGUUGCCACGCGCGUCGACCGCCCAAACUUCGGCCUCUGCCUCGACACCUUCAACAUCGCCGGCCGCGUCUGGGGUGAUCCGGCAUCUCCGUCCGGGAAGACCCCAAAUGCAGAUGCAGACUUGAAGGCAUCGAUGGAGAGGUUGGCGCAGAGCGUCGAUUUGGAAAAGGUGUUUUACAUCCAGGUUGUUGACGCCGAGCGGAUGGAACAACCUCUCGUAAAAGGCCAUCCUUUCCACGUGGACGGCAAUCCGUCGCGGAUGAUGUGGUCGAGAAAUGCGAGAACGUACAUGUAUGAGACGGAUCGCGGGGCUUACUUGCCGGUUGAGGAGGUUGCUCGGACACUCAUUGAGGAACUCGGGUAUAAGGGGUGGGUGUCGAUGGAACUAUUCUCACGAACAAUGGCGGGAGAGCAUAAGGAGGUGCCUGAGGAGCAUGCGCGAAGAGGCAUUGAAGCCUGGAAGAAGCUUGUAAAGCGAUUCAACCUGAAUUGA